UGUGCCCUGGAAUCUACCCACACACUACCGCUAGACACACACACACACACUCUCACGCCCGCAGGAGCCUACGCAGACACAGACACACACACAGACUCGCUCAUCAUGGAUGUCAAAAUUCUGGCAGUGCUGGCGCUUCUGACGGUGGCUCUGCACUUACCCAGCUCUGACGCCAAGCCCAUCAGCCUGGUGGAGCGCUGUUGGUGCCGCUCCACCCUCAGCACGGUGCCCCAGCGCAGCAUCCGCGAGAUCAAGUUCCUCCACACGCCCAACUGCCCCUUCCAAGUCAUUGCCAAGCUCAAGAACAGCGACCGGGAGGUCUGCAUAAACCCCAAGACCAAAUGGCUCCAGCAGUAUCUGAGGAAUGCCAUUAACAAGUAAGGAGAAAAGUCCUUCCCAUUUGGACAAGAUCAAGAAGUCGAGGAAACGUUCAAGUUAAAGUGUCUGGCACGGGAUUUUCUAAAGAAAAUGGAAUACACGCACUCCUCCUCCUUCUCUCUGGAUCGCUUGCACAAACAGCACUUCACCCUCGCCAGAUUCACUCUGCAAGCAAGUCACCUCUCUCUUCGUGUAUAUUAGCAAUGGAGAGUAAUCACACAUGUUUAAAUACUGAUGUAAUAAUGUGAGUGAAUGUGGUCGUUUUGUAUGGUUUUAAGAGAAGUAUGAAUGUGGGUGAGUGAGCGAGCGAAUGAGUUAAUGCGUGCGCGCUGAAGAGACAAUUAUAUUACAUUAAAAUUAAUGCAAAUCACAGUAAAGUUAAGAAGACGAUGUUGACUCGUGGAGUAUUGAGUGCGAUGUGAAAUUACCUAUAGGCUUAAGCUGCUCAAGAUUGAUGGUGAGAGGGAGUUGGCGGCGAGAAUGUUGUACUUUGGCGCGAGUUGAUUCCGCCUCGUGCGUGCGCAGAGCAGGGGAGGACUAGAACUCUGCUUUUGUCGUGUCGUAGGCUACCCCCGAAAAUGUUAUGGCCCCCACAAAUGGCCUAGAUUACUGUUAAAA